AAUAAAUCCUCCCUUCUUCCUUCCCGUCUGCGCCGGAAAACGCGAGGAAAACAUAAAAUGAAAAUAUAUUAUUAAAAAAUUGUAUAUUUCUAUUUGGCAGCAGGGCCGGAGGAGGCCGGGGAGAGGCCAGGUGCGCAAGGCUGCCUCCGGCUGUGCGUGAGGAGCUAGGCCGGGCGCUGCCGCCAUGGAGCACAUCCGGAUGCCCAAGGUGGAAAAUGUAAGGUUACUUGAUCGUUUAUCUUCAAGAAGAGCUGUGGUGGGAACCUUGUAUUUAACAGCAACCCAUGUCAUAUUUGUGGAGAAUGGUUCUGAAACUCGCAAAGAAACCUGGGUUCUCCACAGCCAAAUUUCCUCUAUUGAGAAGCAAGCCACCACUGCCACUGGUUGUCCACUGCUGAUCCGCUGCAAGAACUUCCAGGUCAUCCAGCUAGUGAUCCCUCAGGAACGGGACUGCCAUGACGUUUACAUAUCUCUGAUACGUCUGGCUCGGCCAGUGAAAUAUGAAGAGCUGUAUUGCUUCUCCUUCAAUCCAAAAUUGGAUAAAGAAGAGCGAGAACAAGGCUGGAAGCUUGUGGACCUCAAGGAAGAAUACAGUCGGAUGGGUGUUCCCAACAACCACUGGCAGAUCAGUGAUGUCAACAGAGACUAUGGGGUCUGUGACUCCUAUCCUACAGAAGUCUAUGUACCAAAGUCUGCAACUGCUCACAUCAUAGUGGGGAGCUCCAAAUUUCGCAGCCGAAGGCGUUUCCCAGCUCUUUCCUACUACUGCAAGGGUAACAAUGCCUCCAUAUGUAGAAGCAGCCAGCCUUUAUCUGGCUUUAGUGCUCGAUGCCUUGAGGAUGAACAGAUGCUCCAGGCCAUUAGAAAAGCCAAUCCAGGAAGUGAUUUCUUAUAUGUUGUUGACACUCGACCCAAACUCAACGCAAUGGCAAACAGAGCAGCAGGGAAGGGAUAUGAAAAUGAGGACAACUACUCCAACAUCAAGUUUCAAUUCAUAGGCAUUGAGAACAUCCAUGUUAUGAGAAACAGUCUGCAGAAAAUGCUUGAAGUUUGUGAGCUGAAAUCACCUUCAAUGAGCGACUUUCUGUGGGGCCUAGAAAAUUCUGGCUGGCUGAAGCACAUCAAAGCCAUUAUGGAUGCUGGCAUUUUUAUUGCGAAGGUGUUAAUUGAAAAAGACUGGGUUUCCUUUGGUCACAAAUUUAACCACAGGUAUGGCAAUUUAGAUGGAGAUCCAAAGGAGAUAUCGCCUGUUAUCGACCAGUUCAUCGAAUGUGUUUGGCAGUUAAUGGAACAGUUUCCUUGUGCCUUUGAAUUCAAUGAAAGAUUCCUCAUCCACAUACAGCAUCACAUCUAUUCUUGCCAGUUUGGGAAUUUCCUGUGUAACAACCAGAAGGAGAGAAGAGAGCUGAAAAUCAAAGAAAGAACAUACUCAUUGUGGGCUCACUUGUGGAAAAAUCGUGCCGAUUACCUGAAUCCUUUAUACAGGUCAGACCUCAGUCAAAGCCAAGGGACCCUGCACCCACAGAUAGCUCCAUGCAACUUCUUGUACAAGUUUUGGAGUGGUAUGUACAACCGCUUUGAAAAGGGGCUCCAUCCUCGACAGUCAGUUACUGAUUAUCUGAUGGCCGUGAAGGAAGAAACUCAGCAGCUGGAAGAAGAGCUGGAAGUCUUACAAGAGAGACUGGCAAAUCUUCAGAAAUCACAAUCAGGUAAUAAUAAAGUCAAGAGUAAGCAACAGGACCGAAGCAAACAGUUUGGACUGUAUACUUCCAACAACAGCUUAGCUAACACUCCCCAGGAGUACAGCAAUGAUCUGAAAUCAUUCCCAUCCCGGAGCCCUUCUCAAGGGGAUGAAGACUCUGCCCUGAUUUUGACACAGGACAACCUGAAAAGCUCUGAUCCUGACCUCUCAGCCAACAGCGACCAGGAGUCUGGUGUGGAGGACUUGAGCUGUAGGUCCCCAAGUGGGGGUGGCUGCUUGCCUAGUGAAGACAGUGGCAAGGACUCUGAUGAGGCUGUAUUUCUGGCAGGCUGAAACACCUUCAAGGCAGCAAGCAUCCAGAUGACAUAAAGUCUUACAUAGUCUGGAAUGACAUCUUUUCACCAGAUGAAGAAUGGAAGUGGUCUGUGGCCUAAAGAAAUAAUCCAAAUAAAGGGAACUGUGCAAUUGUGUAAGUAAAGACCUAAGCAGAACAAGCUAUUACUAAUUUUAAGACAUAACACUAAAGAAAAGUAGCAUCUGCUGUCAUAUUUCAUUAAGCCAACCUGGUGGUUGUUUUAUCAAUGCUGUACAUAAUUAUUCCUUACUUUGUACAUUUCCAUAGUUAUUUAUUGGACAGAAUAAUAGUUCUUUUCCUAAGAUAUGGAAUUCCAAUGUACUCUCUUACACAAGGUUGAAGAUGUGUUACUGUUAGCCUCACUGGUGAAGUAGUCAAAACUUACUUUUGUAGAGCUCAUUUGCCUUUGGACAUAUUAUGUAUAUUCUUCGCUUUUUUCUGCACCAGAGGUUCGAACAAUUAUUUUGCAUAUUCUCCGACUAAAAUCCUUUAGAGCUAAGUAAAACUAACAAAUGGAUGCCCUGGCUCAGGGGACAAAUGAAGGUUUGAUCCUGAAAAAAAAAUCCAUUAAUAAGCAGUUGUUGCUGCAGCUGAAUGCAGCAUUUGUACUCAAUUCUCAACCAGUGUUGAAAGUUCAGUAGUUUCUGUGACCAAAACUUCAAGGAAUAUAACAAUGCUCAGACAGCCUUUUUGCUAAAACACCCCUUUGUAACAAAAGGUACAUGAGGCAGUUUACUCUUGCCUCUUUAUGUUUUGUUAUCAAGUUUGUUUAUAUCUUACCCUUGUUCCAAACCACUUACAUAAGAUACAAAGGUAAAAAUUUAAAGGUGAUAAAAUCCUCAAUUCUUCAGCCUAUUUUCCUACUUAAAAAUGUUUUACUUGAGUGGAAGUGAAGUACAUACACAGUGGAGAGAAUAGAGAACAUCAAUUCACUUACAGAAAUCACUUACAAAAACAUCACUCUGAAUUAGUAAGUAAAUGAAAGCUACAUCCAUAAAGAAACUGUUAUAGAGAAUAUUUCUUCCAAAUUUUGUUGUUCAAAAUAAACUGACCAUAACCAACUGUUGUUUUUUAUCCUCACACAAAAUUUCCCUUUUAGUAUUUGCCAACCUGAACAGAGCAUGGCAAUACUAAUUUAAGAAAAGGACUGAUUCAUCAUUCACUACGAAGUUUAAUCUCAUUUAAGAAUUCUGACAUUUUUAAGAAUAGGAGUAAUACUUUUCAUGAUCAGCAGUUCAGAAGUAAACAACUGAAAAAUGUUUGAAGUUUGGAAUGUCUUGAAACUUGCUAAAAAGGAGGCCAGCCAUACUAGGCUGCAACUCUUGCAAGUUUCUUUUCAAAUUUUAUUUAAAGCCAGCAGUUUAAAAUAUAAUUCAUAUGGCUGCUUUUACCUGCUUGGAGACAGUGCAGAACUGAACUCUAGUAGAGCAAAGUGGUAGGAAUGUAAGCUUACUUUGAUUGCAUUUCACACUACUUCUUUAAGUACAGACCUACAGAAAGAACUGUAUUAUAUAAAUAUACCUCAAUUUAGAAUCAUUAGAUUUUAUUAUUCAGUCUGCUUUUCUGGAAUGACGCUUCAUUCUGUUCUGUGAACACAUUAUUAAAAGUGAAUAGGUAAACUUCAGUAUUAUUACUAUCCUCUGAAGGGAUAAACCUUGCUGUCUUUGAACAAAUAAUUCUUAACAGUAAGGUUAUAUUGGAAAGGCCAGAUUUUCAAUUUGAUAAAUCACUAUAGAUUAAUUAAAAUAAAAAAACCUAUAAAUUAUAUUCUGUUGAGAAUCUAGCCUUCUGGUUUUUAAUCUUUAUGAAUUUUUAAUAAAUUAAAGCCCUGAUUUUAACUGCACUUUUAAAAGUGUUUCAUAUUUUAAACAUAGCCUGUAAACUUUAUGGCAUUAAAGGAAACUUUGAAUGGGUUUUCUCAAACUAAAGAAACAUGCUGCAAAGUCAGCAAUGAAAACAAAACACACAAAUAUUCUGCCAAAAAAAUCAUUUGAAAAUGGGCAAUGUUAUUGUACAUCUUUAAAAUGUAAAAUUGUGUAUGAUGAUAUUGUGUUCAACUAGACAUGUCUAGAAAUAAAUGCAGAAGAGCAAGAUAUGCAAGUUCAAAGCACUGUCUUUGUGUUGCUUAUGCAACUCCUUGUAACUGGCUUUAUAACUAAAAUAUGAACAUACUAACUUUUUCUUUACUAAGCCUUCACUUAGCAUCCCUCUGUGAUGUGUCUUUUAGUCCUUGGAAUUUUGCAUUUACUACUACUGCUUUCAUUACUGUGUGUAUUUGUGGCAUUAUCAGGCUAAUGAAAAACACCUUCAAUAAACACUUAGGUGUUAUGAAAUGUUAUUUCACACCAGAGAAUGAAACAGGACUUCUUUCCUGAUUUUUUAAUAGAGUCUUAAUUUACUCAAGAGUCACUUUGCCACUGAGAUCAAGGGAUUCUUACAUCUUCCCCACUGCGAUACUUGAAUCCAGCAGCUAGAGUUGUUGAGGAAUCUACAACUGAUAACUAAAAAAACUGAGACUCUCAUCAAUUGUGUUAAUUAUAUGGGAGCAUGUUAUACCCCUGUGGUUUUUUUUUUUCUUAGGGAAAAAAAAGAUGAAAAAACUUCUCUAUUAACUACAUUGUUUUCUUAUAGCCUUGCUGCAGAUCUUAGCAAAUUUGGCACACUGCAAUAAGCCUACUGUAAUUUGAAAUAGGACACAGAUGAAUGUAACUAAACUGCUGAAUCACUAGGCUUAGGCUGCUCUUUAGUAUCAAAAUGUGCCUCUAAGGGGCAGUGAAAGCAAUGGGAUCAAACAGCUGAAGCCUUCUUUACAAAAGAUCAUCAUCUGAAGCACAGAAGGAAAACUAUUUGCCAGGUGCUUUUAUUGGUAACUCUGUACAAGAAACAAAUGUGGUAAACUGGUAAUGGAUUCUAAAAAGCUGAGAAAUAAAAUCAAUCAGCUGGAGGGCACAACAACAUGGUAUCAUUAAAAAUAAAAAAGGAGAAACAGAAAGGAGGAAGGCAGGGAAGGAAAGCUCUUGGUAAAAUCAGUAAGUAAGGCAGGGAACCACCUACUUUGAAGACAGAGGCAAGCCAGGGCACGGGUUCAAAGCAUGAAAGAUGUUUAAUGACACAAACCAACAAUUAAACCGCAGCAACAGUGGGGAUAGCUUUUGCAAUGAAGGUAAGAAUGUCAUUACUAUUGACCAGCCAACAAAGCUUUUGUGUGGACACUGCCCUGAUCUGCACACAAGAGUUCUGAAGUAGAUCACAAGGACAGCCAAGGUCAGGGGCUGCUUCUGGGUGCAGGCUGAAGGCUGAGUGCAGCUUUUAGGUUGGCUGGUCACCCUUACUGUAGUGCAUGGACAGGUAAACACCACAGUGGCUGAAAAAUCCUCCAAGGACAGGUAAGUAGAUGACAAUUCAUUUGAGAAGGGAGGAACAUGUGGUGGGUAAGUUUGAAAUAGGUCAACUUAUGAUGGUACUAAGACACACAAAAAAUAUGCCUAAGAUCUAGAGCCAAGUGUACUGCAAACCCUCAAUUCAGACACGUGCCAGAGCGCAUCUUUUAUCUUCUGUAAGAAGAUAAAAUAAAUGUUCAAAUUUAUUUAUAUUAUUUAAAUUGCCAGUAAAGCACCUGAAACCAGCAAAUCAAAUCAUGUUAAAUCUUACAAUGCAAUGUACAACUCUUUUAAUAUAAAUCAUUAUGUAAAGAAGCUAAUGAAAGUUUAUAGGUCUACCAGAAACACAACUGAAUUCUGGCAAUGACUAAGUCUGUUGCUAAGGUUAUUCAGAUGAAUUUAUCCCCUUUCUGAAGACUAAAGAACACAGUUCUUUAUGCUGAGGUAUUCCCUUAUAAUUGAAAUAUAGACUCUCUUUAUAGCUUAGUACUGCAUAGAAAUGUGAUGUCUACAGGUAUCUGACCAAAACAAGGCAUUUUCAAAAGCCAGAGAUGCAAUACAGGUUUUUGAAGCCCAUUUUAGUGAAGGUGGCUCCAAGAAUUACUGCUGUUGAAAUGGUUGAACAGGAAAAGCUCAAACCACUGCACAUCAAGAUAAAAAAUUUGUCCUUGAGUAUUGUACUGCAUUCACUUCCAACACAAUUCUGUAUCCACUCAAAAAGCCCUGCAAUGCCUAAGUGUAAUUUAGACAACUACAAGAUAUAUUAAAAUCCUAAAGCCUUUACUUGUAAGUUUAACACAUUAUAGCACUUACAGUUCAGAAUAACUAAGGCUGCGAUACUUGACUUUGUUGCCAGUGUUUUAACUGAGUUUUACCUGGAGGUCUCUUAAAUCUUUGUUUUAUAAAAUUUAUUCUAGUAUUUGAAGGGAGUAGUUAGAACUUGGACACGAAUAAAACUGUAAGGUGGCAAAGACUGAGAGGGGACCCCAUCAGUAAGUAUCUGAAGGAAGGGUGUCAAGAGGACGGAGCCAGGCUUUUCUUGGUGCUGCUGAACUGUUGCCAUGAGUUUUUCCCGGUUUUGCUGAGCGUUCAUAUUAAAGGAGAAGUUCGUACCUUCUCACGCUCUUUUAAUGUAAACAUCAGCUAUGUUCUAUAAACAUAGCCAUUGUUUUUACAUUCCUUGCCGGGACAAACAAGACUGUGUGACAGUCCCCUUAACCAAUGUGAUGUGGAGGUGGGAAUUCCUUCCUCCAAUCCACAGGCCUCAUAGUAAAAGUAUAAGAGUAGGUUUUUGUAAAUAAACCGGGUCUUCUGCCCUGCUGCUGUUGUUGCACCCAGAUCUGUGUCCCCAGUCUGUUUUUCUGGUUAGGCCUCCACGGUGAUAACUGGCGCCCACGUGGUCAAGUUGCAAGCUAGUGAGGCAAGAAAAAAGAAGAAAAAAAAAAAAAAAAAAAAAAAAAAAGAAGAGAAAAAUCUGCCUUCUACAGCUGCAAAAAGAAGAAAUCCACGAUGUUCUCAGAGGAACGAUUGAUGAUGGAACUGCUCCACUCCUUGUUGUUGUCCCGUGACGCUGACUUGACCAGGAAACACGUGAGAGAACUGUUUAGCUGGGGAAAAAAGCUUGGAAUUUUUCAUACUGCUGAAAAGGCACUUUAUAUUGCCCCAUGGAGAACCCUGGGAAAAAGCCUUUUCUCAUCCGUCCUUGAUGGAAACUCUAAGGCAGGCACUCUUUUACGGGCAUGGACCACAGUUUUCCUGCUUUUAAAAGAGGCUGGGGAGGACUUUGAAGUUGAUUCUGGGCUUUCGACAGGAAGCAGGACUGGCUCCCC